UCCUCUUCGAUAACUAAUUCAUACGCUCUGUUUCUGUUACAAUGGCUUGGCUCGCGAGAUGCCUUCUGGCCUGCCUCUCCCUUGCGAUCCUCGCCCUUGGCUGCUUGCCAUCCCGCGGCUCAGCCAUGGGUCAGACCCGUCCACCGCUGGACCCGAACUUCACUAUCGGCGUCGAGGGCGUCGUCUGGUGCAAGAGCUGCCGGUACGCCCGCUACGUCAAGUCCAAGGACGCGUCGCCUCUGCCGAAUUCGGCGGCGCUGCUGCGGUGCCGGCGCGGCAAGCGGGCGCUGUCGGUGUGGAACGCCACGGACGCGCACGGCUACUUUCUCAUCCAGACGGGGAGGCAGGCGGCCCCCUUCACGAGCAAGAACUGCAAGGUGUACGUGCUGCGGUCGCCGGCGCGAGGGUGCCGCGUGGCCGUCAAGCCCGGCUGGAAGAUGGGGUCGCCGCUUAAGUUCCGCAGGUUCGUGAUGCUCCCCGACGGGCUGCAGGCGCGCUACUCGGCCGGCAACUUCACGUUCGCGCCGCAGGACCCCGCCAAGUGCUAGCUCUGGGUUCUGGCUCUGGACCUUUGAGGGGCUCGGGUGCAGGGGCAAGCUGUGUGCGAGACUCCCUCCUGUGUGUGCUGGGCGUGUGCCGCUUGCCCGUACGUUCGUGUGGAUAAACACUUGCCACGUGCAAUAAAUCAGGUGUAACCGUGCAGGGAAAUAUGUAUAU